AUGUCAUACUUUCUUGGAAAUACAAGCCAGUAUAGCUACGUGGAGGUCAACCCAGAGAAAGUCAAACUAGCUGAUGUUCAGUUCACGGUAGUGGCAUCCACCUUCAACAGGUUGUUGGCUCGGUGUCUGGAAAAAUGCAUAGCUCAUGAAUAUGGUGAGAGUGAGUUGAACACGGGAGAGGCGUCUUGUGUGGACAGAUGUGUUGCCAAAUAUGUGAAGGCCAAUGCUUUAAUCGGUCAGCAGGUCCAGUAUGCCAUGAGACCAGAUACGAUGCCAGAGUACCAGAAGGUUGCGUCGAUGCUUCCGCCUAAAUGA